AUGACUGGUACGCCCAAAGGAAGUAGGUUGACCAUCUGGUAUCCUUCAUUCGCUCCAAAUUCUGAUUCCUUGGCAGCUUUUGGCACUCUUGCUCAUGAUACACAUCGACGAAGACGCGCAACCAUCAGCCCGCUCUUCUCCAAGGGUGCUUGUGCUGCAUCCGAGUCGAACAUAUACAAGAACAUCGAGUUGCUGCUAGCCUAUGUCGAUGACCAGAUUCGUACCACAGGAAGCGCUGAGAUGCGGAAAAUCUAUCUCGCCUUCACAACGGAUACGUUAAGUGACCACUGCUUCGGACGUUCCACCGGCUUGUUGCUCGAUGACCAAGCGGCAUUGAACUGGCAAAAGACUAUCAAGGCAGUCGCUAUUGUCACGAGGCGGAACUAA